UUCCGGCGCGGGGCGGGGCCGCUCCCCAAGAUGGCGGGCUGGCAAGGAGCUUGGUAUGUGCCAUGUCUAGCUUCACUUGAGACCCUCCAAGAAUUAUGUAGGAAGGAAAAUCUCAGCUGUAAAUCCAUUGGAAUCACCAACAGGAGUCUAAAGAGAUAUGAGGUGGAGUAUUUGUGUGACUACAAGGUAGAAGAGGGUACGGAAUACUAUCUUGUGAAAUGGAAAGGAUGGCCAGAAUCUUCAAAUACUUGGGAACCUCAGGAAAAUCUGAACUGUCCAGUGCUUCUUCAAAACUUUCUCAGCGACAAGAAUGAAUUUUUGUCUCGGGUGAGAGAAGGCAAAGCACUGAGAGUGAGAAACCACGUUAAAGCUUUGAAACCUGUGGUUGCAGAUUACAUUGUAAAGAAAGCUAAGCAAAGAAUAGCUCUGCAGAGAUGGAAAGAAGAACUCAACAGGAAAAAGAAUCAUAAAGCAAUGAUUCUGGUAGAAAACACUGUGGAUCUUGAAGGCCCUCCUUUAGACUUCUACUACAUUAAUGAGUAUAAACCUGCUCCGGGAAUAAACGUAAUAAAUGGAAUAACGACUGGCUGUGAAUGCACUGACUGCCCCACUGAGAAGUGCUGUCCAAAGGAGGCCGGAUUUAUUUUGGCUUACAAUAAGCGGAAGAAGUUGAAAAUCCAGCCUGGCUUGCCCAUCUACGAAUGCAAUUCAUUUUGUAGGUGUGGGCCUGACUGCCCUAACAGGAUAGUACAGAAAGGUACACCAUAUUCUCUUUGCAUCUUCAGAACUAACAAUGGCCGUGGCUGGGGAGUAAAAACCCUCCAGAAAAUUAAAACCAACAGUUUUGUGAUGGAGUAUGUUGGAGAGGUAAUUACAAGUGAGGAAGCAGAGAGACGAGGCCAGCUUUAUGACAACCAGGGAAACACAUACUUGUUUGAUUUGGACUAUGACUCAGAUGAAUUUACUGUAGAUGCAGCUCGAUAUGGAAAUGUGUCCCACUUUGUGAAUCACAGUUGUGAUCCAAACCUUCAAGUCUUCAAUGUGUUUAUCGACAACCUCGACUUGCGUCUUCCUCGUAUAGCACUGUUUUCUACACGAACCAUUAAGGCUGGAGAAGAGCUAACGUUUGACUAUCAAAUGAAAGGUUCAAUGGAUCUGACUUCAGACUCUGAUGGUCUUAGCACCUCCAGAAAAAGGAUCAGAACUGUCUGUAAAUGCGGAGCUGUAUGUUGCAGAGGUUAUCUCAACUGAUUCUGGGUACCCAAAGUCACACUUCUCUUUAAAUCUCUUUUAAAUGUGUUUUAAGAAGUCUCUUCUUUCACACAUCUAUUCAAGUAUUCCUAUGUCUAAUGUAAAUAAGAGCAGUGAAAGCAAGGUGUUACAUUUGUAACUGAAAUGGCAUUGGCCAAAGAAAGAGAUGUAGUGUUUCAGGCAAAUGCAAAACUGAUAAUGGGGAUUAAAAAUAGGUUUUUCUAGAACUGUUAAUUAGGAAGCAGUAAAACAUAUGCUAAGAAAACUCUUCAAAAUGUACCUUGAUUUGAAUAUUCGAGUGUGAGCUUACACCCGUAGGCCUUCUAGAAACUUGUUUAAAUGGGAUGAAGGGAUGUUACAUAUCUUCUGUACCUGGAAAAGUCUGGAGGCAUUUGAUUUGAAUCCUAAACCAUGGCUGACAGUUCUUUUGCUCUUUUUGUUGUAUAAAGAAAAGCAUCAAGAGAUUAGCAAUAACAUUUAUGGCACCAGGGUGAAGAAUUAAGGACAGCUAUCAGACUGUGGGCUAAGUGAAGGUUCACAGGAAUGCAAACUGUAAAAUGUCCACUGAACUCCACGCAAGUAAAGCAACUGGUUUUAGCAGAUUCCAGAUGUAAGAUCAAGGACUCAGACAUUUUUAGCUGAUGUUAUGUUAUUGGGAAGUUCACGUGUGGAAGUUUUUUCAGUUGUUAUGUUCUGAUUUUUAGUUAGGACACUAUAGAAGGUCUGUAGUUCUACAGAGAAUUUGUACAUAUCGGAUGGUCGGUAGAAACACGUGCUGUUUGUUUUCACAGCAGAAAUUUGGCAGUCACUGCUAAAACAAAUUACUGACUACAGUUCUCUAUUCUACAGAAUAGAGAACAAAAGAAUAGGGAGAGCAGCCCUUUGUCUGACAAAGCUGAUGUGUUACAGAGAUAUUCUUAGUUAUCUGUUGAGGGCAAAAAUAGGAAUUUAUUUGUAUUCACAACUGCUUUUAAUUCAGUUUUUACAUACUGUGACCUUUGUUUUUAUCUAGUGGCAGAUUGUUAAGAUACUAGGCCUGUUUUUUCUCAUUGCAAAAAUGUUAAUUUCAGUGAAGUUAGACUAGAGGGAAGUUUACCCAUUUGCUCUAGACAUUUGUAAGAUGUUCUUGAAUGUAAAGGCUGAGAAAUGUACUGUUCUUCAGCUGCUUGAGUCGUCGUUUUGGUUUUUUCCUGAUUGUCUUCAAGUUCUCACAACCUACUCGUGUGUAUGCUAAGUUUUGCUUGGCUUCAGAAACACUGAGGAGCAGUUGAGGUAGGCUAUGAGUGGAGUUACAGGAGAAGUCCUAGUUUCAGGGUUGAUUCAAGUGCUUUGUUCUUGCUUACAAGUCAUGUAAAUGUUGAUAGGGUCAGGCAGAAUAAUGUUGCUCCAUAAAUGGAUGCGCCGUAAAUGGAUGCUAGCUAUGUAUCAUAGGUCAGCCAGUUACCUUUAUAAGGUGCACAGCUUUUGGCUCAGGUGAAUGAAGUCGAGUACACAGCAUAUAACUGUUUACUUAAUUUGUUAGAAAAUGCCUUAAAUUUCAUGUUAUUUACUAGCACUCCAAGAAGAGUGUUUGAAAGGAUAAUACAGGUUGUUUGUUCAUUAAGAAGCACAGCUGCAUUGCACUGAAGAUCUGGCUUUUUGGCAGAAAAUGAAAAUGUAUAUGCUGCGAGCCAAAAUCGGUUCCACGGUUGGGGUGAGGGCGUGUGGGAAAGUGCUAAGUUUUGUACUCUACGGAGAGAGACAUGUUGAAAUAGACACUUUAUGGUGUUUAAUGAAGAGGAGAAAGUCUGCUUAGAUUUAAAAGUAUUUGACAUUACCAAGCUCACCUGUAUCCACAUGUUUGGAUAAAUGCUGAAUCUAGUCAAUUUUUCUCAUGCUGCAUCUCUAACGAUUUUUUAUAUAUAUAGAUGUAUAAAGUUGAAGUGGAAUGUGGAGCUUUAAUGUUAGCAAACUGUAUGAUCUUACAUCAUUUGGAGUCUUUAGUGCUUUUUCUUGCACGUAGCCUGAUUUAGUGAUGCAUUCCAUGUGGACAGAAUCUGCAGUCUCCACCUCCUUAACCUGCUGCAGCAUUCCCUGUUGGUGCAGGAUGGCAGCAAUGACUGCAGCAAGAAAUGGAUUCCUUACCAAACUGGUUUCUCUGGCCUUUCCUGUACAAGGUGACACAGAGCAGGUUCAACACUCUUUUUGUCUGUGUAUCUCCAUGCCCAGCUGGAUUUAAAAAUGACAAGCAAAUGAAUUUUAAAAGAUGAAGUUGUACUUGAAUUCGGUGUCUGCCCUUUUCCCAAGGCAGUAUAUGUCACCACCAGCAAUGGAAUAACACUGCUGCUCUUUAAGGAUGUGUGUUACCUCGUGUGCGAUAAAUAAAGGACCGUUAAUUUA